AUGGAUGGAGGAGAAUGCUUCAAGGCGCUCCUGCGAUCGGUGGAGGAGCAGUACGAGAGCGACCUUCACGAAGUCAGAUGUGCUCGGCGGUCGAAGAUGUGGAUGAAUCAUGCAAGCCGCCGCAGCUUCGGUGUUGAGAGCCGAGUUGAAGAUUCUCCCAGAAUCGCGGUGCAGGAGGUGGAGGAAGAGCAGGCAAAAAUCUCGCUGCCACACGAGACUGCGAUGCGGAAUCGCCAAUCAGAGCCGCGGCUGCAGAUGCCGGAGAUGCCGCGCUCCGAAGCGCCGCGCCCCAGCGGUCGGAUGUCGGAGCCCAUCCGGCUGAAGCCGAGAAGGGCGAGCUUCGCUGCGCAGCCUCGCUCCUCACGUCGAACGUCUUUUGCAGAUUCCAGAAACGAGAGGUCGGAUCCCGAAUCGGACGAACCUCAGGCACUUCCACCCAGUCGUCGUUCACAUGACAGCCAGAGGUCUUCACUCCGAUCCUCAAGAUCCACCGAAGACGGCGUCAAAGAGACCGAAGCCCGAAAUGGAUUCAAUGCAGGCAGAGGACGCCGGACCCUGUUCUUCGACAAGUCGCCCGAGGAAAUGGAGGCGAUGUUCCAAGAGGCGCUGAACGAGAGCGAGGAGGAGGACGAGUCUCACACCGCAGUCAGCAUCGAAGGUGGCCAGCUGUCAUGCCGCAGCUGGGCCGAGAGAGUCCGCAACAGAACGAAGCAGAUUCUUGAGACGGACUUCUUUGAGAUGUUCGUAUCCGGCCUUAUCCUUUGCAACGUGUUGGUCAUGUGCUGUGCCGCGCAGUACCGGGGCUUGGACCUUGGCUAUACCAUCCUCUACCCGAGGAUGACCAGUAAAGCGGAGGACCUUUGGCCAGGCGGCCAAGAAGCCCUGACGCACAUCGACAAAGCCUUCACCAUCGUGUUCUUCCUUGAGCUGUUUUUGCGGCUGUUGGUCUACCGACUCUCCUUUUUCCUGCUUGCCCUGAACUGGCUGGACUUCUCGGUGGUCUUCUUCUCCAUCUUUGAGCUCCUAGCCUCCUCAAUGCCGGGCUCCUCCACUGUUUUGCGACUGGUGCGCCUGGCAAAGCUCGCACGCGGUCUCCGAGUGGUGCGAAUGGCCAGGGUCAUGGACUCGCUUCACUUGCUGCUGAAGAGUAUUGGCGCCAGCUUCUCGAUGUUGCUUUGGUCCAUGCUGCUCAUCGGCGUCAUACAAUGCACUGCUGGUAUGAUCAUUGGGUAUCUGGUAAUGGAUCAUCUGGAGCGAGAUGCCUCCCAGUCAGAGGAAGUGCGUCAUCUGAUCUUCAGGUAUUAUGGCACAUUCAGCUACACCAUCCUGACGAUGUUUGAAGUGAUUUUUGCCAACUGGCCCAUCCCCUGUCGUGUCCUCGUGGAUCACGUGGAUGAAUGGUAUUCUAUCUUCUUUAUCAUUUACCGCUGCGGGGUGGGCUUCUGUGUCCUGAACGUUGUCGGUGCCGUUUUUGUUCAGCAGACUAUGAAAUUGGCAGCCGAUGACAACGAUCUCUUCUUGCAGCAGCAGACACGUGCGGCUGAAGCCUACACGAGAAAGAUCAAGGAUGUGUUCACGAAGCUGGAUAUGUCAGGUGAAGGCUACAUCUACAUGGAGGAGUUCGUGGAGAUCCUCAACACCCCAACGAUGUCGCAUUUCAUGGCCAAGCUGGAGCUCGAAUCUACCGAUCUGCUCAGCCUCUUCAAGCUGAUCGAUGUGGACGACAGCGGGCAGGUCUCCUUGGAAGACUUCAUGGCCGGCUGCCAGCGGCUAAAGGGGCCUGCCAAGAGUGUAGACUUGGCUUUGCUUCUGGCACACACGGCACGGCUCAACUGCAAAGUGGACAAUGUCCUCCAGCUGGUCGGUGGAGAGACUGGCAUCGAAGACUGGGGAUAUGGAGCGGCUGGAGAUCAGAAAAUUGAGCAGCGCUUUCUUCACUCGGCAUCAACCCUGAGGCCUUCAUUCAUGGGCCCCAAAUAG